AUGAGACAAUUGACGGGUGUAUAUUAUUUAUCUUGGCAGUUUAUACAGCCCAUAAAGAAGAUCCUAAUCUUGCCAAGGUAUAUGUUGCUCGGUGAGCACUGCUCACACCAACCAGCAGGACCACACGCAUGCUUUGUUGCCAUAGCAGAGAUCGGUAACUGCAUUUGGCGAUCUUUUACGCUCCCACCAUUUGAUCUCCUUGGUAUUCUAAAGGGUAACCAAGGUGUUCCAGUUAUUGAAACAACAUCCAAUCUUCCAAUCGAGAGCAUCGAAGGCUCUUGCGGGGCUUUGCAGACCAAAGGUGAAAGACCGAUCAAUGGAACUUAUCUGGUGCUCGAGAAAUUAUGA